AUCGCGGGGUAAUUGGAGUAAAUGUUCCUUCUCAACUUCAUACAACACAUCAAUCCUCAAUUGCUUCUAUUCCAUGUAUAUCGUGGUAUAAGAGAUGCCUCCACCAUCAAGCUCAACUAGGCGAGCAGUGGAAAAAAAUCGCAUUCGGAUCCCCUCGUGUGAGCCCUGUCGUUUAUCCAAACUCGCUUGUGAUCACAAGCGUCCAGCAUGCUCCCGUUGCGCCAGUCGUGAAAUCACUCAACAGUGCGUCUAUAGAAAGAAUCCAUUCAAGCGACAUAGGCCAAUUGUGGUCUCUCAGCAACAUCAUGUUCUUCCAACAAGCGGGCCAAAUGGCUUGUCGCCUGAAAGACCAGUGGCCACCUUUCAAAUGAAACGGUAUCCAAAUCCAGGCUACCAAGGGUCAUCAUCUCUCAAGACAGUGCUGGAUAAUCUUGGUGACCACUUAGCCGUUAGAAUUGAUACCUCCAGACCUCAUGUCAACGACCAACAGUCGUCACGAGACGCUGUACUUCGGGCAGAUAGCUCCAAGAUGGUCGAUGAAGGAGUACAGCUGUUAGAGACGUUCCUUGAUUAUCUUGCUGAUGAUGCUUUUCGACAACUGUUCUCCGAAGCGAAAGGAAGCGGUUUACAAACCCACUUGGGUACCUUCUUACUUUUCCCAUUCUUUGAAAGUCUGGCGAACGAAAUUGACAUCAUACGACAAUCAGAAAACCGGCAGGCAAGCUCGUUCGCACUAUCACAACGCCUCUUUGAAAAGGCAAACCAACCCGUUGAGAUUCAUAGCGCCAUGACUCUUGAAGAGUUUGCCGCUCAGUACACGGGGCAAAAUUUACGAUGGGAAACGGUGGGUUUAAUUAUUACACUAGCCGGCAUUGCUUCUACCGAGAUACGAGUCCCGCAUCCAGCCUGCAAAACAGAAGAGGAACGCCAACUUCUGAGGACAAACCUUGUUCAUUUGACCAACAAAUGUGUUGGCUUCUGCGAUUCUUUGGACACAUUGAAUGAUAUCACUAUGAUAUUCAUAUACGAGAGCUUCCUUCUUGCUUCAAUAUUCUAUGGCGAUCAAAGUUUCAAGGCUUGGAGAAGACUUAAUCAUGCUUCCAGCGCACUGUUUGCAGAUGGGCUUCACGAGACUGUCAAAGAAAAACAGUAUCUCCCAUUCUUCCUAACACAGUUACGCCAGCAAAUCUUUGCACGAAUUUAUGGAUCCGAUAUUAGUUUCGCUGUCUUUCUAGGCCGUCCUCCGCGGGUAAGUAAACGCUUUUGUUAUACAAGUAUGCCUCUCGACAUCGAAGAGGAUAUAUACUGUCUAGUAGGAGAAGCUUUGGACCAAGAAUUGGCACACCUGGACCGAAACGGUUGGAACACUCUCGGCCAGAUCAGGAAAAGUGCUGUCAUACGAUGGUCUAUGAUCACCUCUAUGAUCCGUGAAGAUGCUUUAGAAACUCUACUUGGACGUAAUCUCACCAAUGUACCACAGCGAAUCGGUGAGCUUCAAGCGAAGAUUGACCAUGCGUGGAAAGAUCUUCCCCCGUUUCUCACAAUUCCAACCCGGGAUCUUUGGCUGAAAGGACGCUCCUGCCAUGAGGUAGACACUUUGCAUCAAAUUCGUCUACUUUACCUCAAUACCGCCUUUUUAAUCGAAUGGGCGGCUUCGCGACAUGGCCUUCAAGAUACUGGUGCCUUGUUUGUCAAUGCUAGUGAACUACUCUCAUGGGUUAAUGAAGCUCUAGUCAGGCGUGAACAGUUGUCCGAAAGAGGUUUGAUUUCUCUAGCAUGGAGGGUUACUUCUUGUGCUCUACCCGCUGCCGGUGCUAUUGCCUGGUAUCUCCUCCAGCCAUCGUCCCGUGUCGGCCUCAAUCUCGACUUAUCAUCGAGAAGACGCAGCAUAGAGAAUCUCUCAGUGCUCAUUGCUCACAUGGGUGUCCUACAUGAUCCUGGAGACGGGAACUAUCAGCUUUUCUGCCACGCCAAAAGUGCUCUGCAAUCUGCAAUGGACACUAUCCUCAGUCUUCCAGAUCCCGCUCAGCCUGAGAAUUCCUUAGAUAUGCUAUCCUCGGCUGCACUGUCACCAGACUGGAUCUUUUCGGAUUAUUUAGGGCUUGGGGUUGAUUCAUGGAUCGGUCUUCCGGAUCGCGGGUCUUUUAUGACAAUAGAUGAUAAUAUGUUAUAUUGAAUGGUGAAUAUUUGUGUUUAUGGUAGUGAAGCUUUAGAAAUUUCUGGCUUUGCCUUGACAAAAUUAUUGGGAUCCACGCUGCGGAUUCUGCGAUAUAUGAGAUAUUUGCAUUCAAAUUCAUUCCUCGUGUACAUACAAGUCUAUCGAAGGAAUGAACCCAGGCUCCCAUUCGGUACGGCCUCAACUCAACCAUUACAACAGAGGAAACGCAACAUCCAACCCCAAGCUCUUCCCAACCCAAUAUCCAAUAGCCUGUCUCACGAUACUAUUGCUAGACCAUGCCCUAGACGGAUGCACCCUAUUACUAAA